CGCAUCGAGAGGCCAAUUAAUUCUAGCGCUGUCGCAAUAGCUACGCCACACUCGCAUCAGUAUUUUUUGGCGCUGAACUGCCAAGCCAAGGAAAACCGCGCCCGAGCUGCAACCGGGCCGUGUAGUAAAAAGCGUCACAUCUUUUGGUGAUGCGGCAGCCGUAGACAUCGGUCCCAAAUCCGCUGCGUGAUCCGCGCCAGUGCUCGCACGGAGCCGCGCCCAUCGCCACGCAGCACGCGUCGCUCGACAAAACUCAGAGCCGACCAUGGAGGACGUCCACUGGCUCGUCCCGACGCUGGCGGCCACGAGCUGCUGGGCCCUCUCCGACGUCUGCUGCGACUAUGCCAUCGCCGGCGGCGACGACGACGACGCGCCACCACCCCCGGACGAUAAAGAAAGACGCUCGCCCCAGAUGUCGACGAGAGAGGCCGACAAAGGCGACGAGCAACUCACGCCCGAGCAGAACGCCGUCGUUUCCGCGUCAGUAGCGGCCGCCGCCGGUAGCGCUCUCUUCAUGUAUCAGCUCAAAAGCAAGGGCGCAACGCAGACCUUUGAUCGCGACACGGCCGUCGCCAUGGCCGCGGGCGCCGUGCACUUUUGCGCGUACGCCGUGGAGCUCCGAGCAUUUCGGACGGCUUCCUCGACGGUCAUCACGCCACUCUUACAGCUAAGCGCGGUCUGGAUGACAUUAGUACGAGUCAUCCAGCCCGUGGCCGCAGUGAUGGUCUCAUCAGCAGGUGGUUCCAUGGAUGAAGUAAUGCCUACUGAUUUCUACGUCGCGACGGCGGCGAUGCACCCGUUCCAUUUCGCCGCGAUCUUUUUGAUCUUCGUCGGUGGCUUUUUGCCGGCGGCCAAAGGUGACGUGCGGAAGUUCGGGACCUGUUCGUUCUACAAACAGGAGGCCGUCGCGUGCUGCGUCAUCGGCGAGCUGUUGAUAUGUGUCUACAACGCGUUAUUACAUGCUUGUACGUUCAAGAGGGAGGACCAGGCAGCUUCUGUCCUACGCUUCUUCGUCGCGUCGCGGGCGGGCAACGCGCUGGGUUGCCUGGUAGCUAUACUGUUCAUACCGUCCUUCUCCCACAUCCGACGGGUGCGACGGUGUGGGAGGCGCUACGUGCUGAUCGCGUUUUUGGGAGAGUGUCUAUCGGUGAUCGGCGUGGCCGUGGUGAUGUUGAGCUACGCUUCUUUUCACGAGCCGGCGGUCGUCAAUGCGGCCGAGGGCGGCGUGCAGCAGCUCCUCAACUUAUUAUUUGCCGUAUCACUACGCGCAUUCUGCGGCUUCGGGCGGGCCGUGACGGACGUGUGGACGAAGUUGGUGAGUUUCGCGCUCAUCGCGGCGGGGCUCGCGUUGAGCGCCGUGUCAUAAAUGUGUCAUCAGUCUUACUCAGAGGGGGGAGCCACUA